CUUCGUUGGAAAAGAUCUUCUUCCCGUAAAAGUGGCGCAGAUGACAGCUGGUUGGACCCCCCUCCCGUGGAAAUAACCCGCCACAGCCUCGCUUCCUCUCCCUCCCCCGGUUCUCCCCUCCGUCUCAGGUCUGCCAGACGCAUCACUCGGCGAUCAUUUGGUUUUUGAGGAGAGGAGAAGCGAUGGAAAGGACUUCUCUCUGUUUAGAACUAUGCUGAGACCCCGGGCGGCCUUCCCACCAUGCUGGAACAGGGCUCCUGUUCGGUCAGCUCUCAGUCUCUGACAGAUGACCACAAUGGUUCGGGGUCACUCGGAGCCCCAGGAGGAGGGCCCAAGUGUCCAGCCAUCAAUGUGGACCCGAGCAUGGAGCCGAUGUGUGGCAGCAGCACGCCCCGGCACCAUGUUCUCCAUCCAUCCCCAGUGGACGGGGAAAGCUGGCAGAAGCAUCGCUCAGGACUGGCCGCAGGUUCAAGCCCGUAUUCGGAGGCUCCCUCCCUGUUGGAGCCGCUCGGCCUGUCCACCAGCUACGACACCCUCUACCUCCCAUCCGUGUCCGGCAACGCUCCCCCCGCACACCCCAACCGUCUGGGGCUCUCUCUGGACGUGACCUCCCCGUUCGAUGCUGGAGCUGAGAUGCUGGGGGCGGACGGAGACCUGGCAGUCAGUCCUAACGUGAUGAAGAGACGGCGGGGGGGCCUGAUUGAGCAGAGAGACAUCGUGAAAGCUCAUCAAGCUCACAAGAUUCAUAGCACGCCACAAGCGCGACGCAAGGAGUGGGAAAUGGCCCGCUUUGGAGACGAGGUUCCAGGCUUGUUGAGUUCUGGAGAUGGGGGCUCGGAGCGCAAUCGGAACCGCGAUGGAGCGGCCGUGUCCACAGGUGGGAUCUCUCCAGCCUUCAAGCAGACCAAAGCGCAGCGUGCGCGCACCAUGGCCUUGUACAACCCCAUUCCAGUCCGGGAGAACUGCUUCACCGUCAACAGAUCGCUCUUCAUCUUCGGCGAGGACAACGUGGUCAGGAAGUACGCCAAGAAAAUCACUGAGUGGCCUCCAUUUGAGUACAUGAUCCUCACCACCAUCAUUGCCAACUGCAUCGUCUUGGCGCUGGAGCAGCACCUUCCUGGGGAGGACAAAACCCCCAUGUCCAAGAAGCUGGAGAAAACGGAGCCUUACUUCAUCGGGAUGUUCUGCUUAGAAGCGGGGAUAAAGAUCAUCGCUCUGGGCUUUGUGUUCCAUAAAGGAUCCUACCUCAGAAAUGGCUGGAACGUCAUGGACUUCAUUGUGGUCCUCAGUGGGAUCCUGGCUGCAGCAGGGGCGCACUUGAACAUUUCUGUGGACCUGAGGACUCUGAGGGCCGUGAGGGUUCUGAGACCCCUCAAGCUGGUCUCGGGGAUCCCCAGUCUGCAGAUAGUCCUGAAGUCGAUAAUGAAGGCCAUGGUUCCUCUGCUGCAGAUCGGGCUGCUGCUUUUUUUUGCAAUCCUCAUGUUUGCCAUCAUCGGUCUGGAGUUUUACAGCGGAAAACUACACAAGACCUGCACACCUAUGUCAGGAAUACUGGAAAACGAGACUGUCGACUCAUCUGAGUACGAGUUCCCGUGCGGCGUGCGCCAGUGUCCCUCCGGCUACACCUGCAACCGACCCUGGAUCGGCCCCAACGACGGCAUCACGCAGUUUGACAACAUCCUGUUUGCUGUUCUCACCGUCUUCCAGUGCAUCACCAUGGAGGGCUGGACCACUGUUCUCUACAACACCAACGAUGCUUUGGGGCCGACCUGGAACUGGCUCUACUUCAUCCCUCUGAUCAUAAUCGGCUCCUUCUUCGUCCUCAACCUGGUGCUGGGAGUCCUGUCAGGGGAAUUUGCCAAAGAAAGAGAGAGAGUGGAAAAUCGCAGGGCGUUCAUGAAACUGAGACGUCAGCAGCAAAUCGAGAGAGAACUCAACGGCUAUCGCGCCUGGAUUGACAAAGCAGAGGAGGUGAUGCUUGCAGAGGAGAACAAGAACCCGGGUCCUUCAGCCCUGGAUGCUGCUCUGCCUGCAGUUCUGAAGCGAGCCACCACCAUCAAACGGAGGGGCAUGGAUGUGCGUCAGGGGCAUCCAGGGGAAGAACUCUACGGUGACAUUUCAUCUGUGGGCAUGCCCACGGCCAGAAUAAGCAUCAGGAGUGGAAAACGAGGUCCGGCCGCGUAUUUUCGGCGUAAAGAACGUCUGCUGCGCAUUUCCAUCCGGCGUGUUGUAAAGACGCACACUUUCUACUGGACGGUUCUCGGCCUUGUGGCCCUCAACACUCUGUGUGUAGCUAUUGUUCACCACAACCAGCCUCUCUGGCUGUCCAACUCCCUCUACUAUGCAGAGUUUCUGUUCCUCGCUCUGUUCCUGACUGAGAUGUUCCUAAAGAUGUACAGUUUGGGACCACGGCUUUAUUUUCAUUCCUCCUUUAACUGCUUUGACUGCAGCGUGAUUGUUGGCAGCAUCUUUGAAGUGCUGUGGGGCUUCUUCAGGCCUGGAACCUCCUUUGGCAUCAGUGUUUUGCGUGCUCUCCGUCUGCUGAGGAUCUUCAAAAUCACAAAGUACUGGGCAUCGCUGAGAAACUUGGUUGUCUCUCUGAUGAACUCUAUGAAGUCCAUCAUCUCCUUGAUUUUCCUGCUCUUCCUCUUCAUCCUGGUCUUUGCGCUUCUUGGCAUGCAGCUUUUCGGCGGCAGGUUCAUCUUUGAAGACUACACUCCCACAAACUUUGACACCUUUCCUGCCGCUAUCAUGACCGUCUUUCAGAUCCUGACUGGAGAGGACUGGAACGAGGUGAUGUAUAACGGCAUUCGCUCUCAGGGAGGAGUGAAGUCUGGCAUGUGGUCCUCUGUGUACUUCAUCGUUCUGACUCUUUUCGGAAACUACACUCUGCUGAAUGUCUUCUUGGCCAUUGCAGUGGACAACCUUGCUAAUGCUCAAGAACUCACCAAGGAUGAAGAAGAAGCAGAGGCUGCGUUCAAUCAGAAGCAUGCCAUGCAGAAGGCCAAGGAGGUCGGACCUUUGUCGUCUUUCAUGUCUUCAGAGGGAAGCCGGAGGAGGCGGCCUUACCUGUACAGGAGAAGAGCCAUACACCGCAGCCGGCCUACCUACUCCCACUCCCUGGACGAGGACCAGGGCAGUGUCAGGGACGGCCGCCCGCCACUCAACCCUACUAACUCUUUCAUGUCCAGGAGGGAGAGGAGAAAGAGGAUGACCAUGUCGGUGUGGGAGCAGAGGACCAGCCAGCUGCGACGACAUCGGCAGAUGUCCAGCAGAGAGAUUCUGUUUACCAGUCCCGGCGAGGAGAAGGACGCUCUGGUCCAGGGUCCGCAUGAACACCCGCUGUCUCUGCACCGCAAGGCUAUGCAGCAUACGCCAUCAGGGGGGGUGAAGGGCUCAACUGAUGCCCAGGCGUCCCCAACCAAGAACCAAGUCACGAGUGCUGGUGUGUCUGUGGACGUGGCGUUGGAGGCCUCCCUCCCUGAUGAUAGACCUGAGCCCGCCACGUCUCUGCUGGAGCCAGAACCCCCGGAUCCUCCCGCUGGUUCUGGACUCAUCCCAGACGGCAAUAAGUUAGGUGUGAACCACAAGGCGGACCACGAGUGCCGAAGCCCCCGACUGAACGCAGAGCGGCAGCACCGGGCCGUGAAGAAGUUCAGACCUCCAGAUAACACCGAAAGCGGAGGUCGCGUUGAGAUCCGCGGCAGGAGGACGGCUCUUCUCUGUGACCAUGAGCAAGGCACCAACGAUCAGUCAACCGGCUGUCCCACCGGCGGCCGAAGACGGAAUCAAGAUCAGGAGGAGGAGUCAGCAGAGUGUGAAAGGAAGGAGGGGGAGGAGCCCAAAGAGGAAGAGCACAGCAGACGGUGUGAUCAAAGCAAAGGAGGGGAACCAAUGCCACAAGAAAUCCAGAGUCACAGCAGCGACCCAACGUCUCAGACGCAGGAAGAGCCUCCACCGGCGCCAAAUGUGUCCCCCCCUGCAAACCCAGGGGACACGGAGGUGGGGCAGGGUCAGGACACACAUCCACUCAGCUCCAGCGUGAUGAUCGAGGUGCCCAACAUGCAGUCUUCUCUAGAGCUUUCCACAAUCUCAGUCAACAGCAAAGAUCCUGAAAGGUGUAAAUCCGAGAAGGAGGAAGAGGAGGACGAGGUGAAGCCGGCCAGCACAGUGAGGCCAGACAGCAUGUUCAUCUUCAAACCCGACAACCCCGUACGGCGAGCUUGUCAUUAUGUGGUGAACCUGCGGUACUUUGAAAUGUCCAUCCUGCUGGUCAUAGCUGCCAGCAGCAUAGCGCUCGCCGCAGAGGAUCCUGUCGCCACGACGUCUGACUGGAAUAAGGUCCUACGUUAUUUUGAUUAUGUGUUCACCGGGGUCUUCACGUUUGAAAUGAUUAUAAAGAUGAUCGACCAGGGUCUGAUUCUCCAUGACGGCUCGUACUUCAGGGACCUGUGGAACAUCCUGGACUUCAUCGUCGUGGUGGGAGCGCUGGUGGCCUUUGCUCUCACCAAUGUGAUGGGAAACAAUAAAGGACGAGACAUUAAAACCAUCAAGUCCUUGAGGGUCCUGCGGGUCCUCAGACCGCUGAAGACUAUCAAGAGGCUUCCCAAGCUCAAGGCGGUGUUUGACUGCGUGGUGACGUCUCUGAAGAACGUCUUCAACAUCUUAAUCGUCUACAAACUCUUCAUGUUCAUCUUUGCUGUCAUUGCCGUUCAGCUUUUCAAGGGAAAGUUCUUCUAUUGCACUGACAGCUCCAAGGGACUGGAGAAGGACUGCCAGGGUUACUACAUUGACUACGGAAAAGACAAGAAGGAGAUGAAGAAGAGAGAGUGGAAAAGACACGAGUUUCAUUACGACAACGUCGUCUGGGCUCUGCUGACGCUCUUCACCGUUUCCACAGGAGAGGGUUGGCCUCAGGUCCUGCAGCACUCUGUGGACGUGACCGAAGAGGACAGAGGGCCAAGCCACGGAAACAGGAUGGAGAUGUCCAUCUUCUACGUCAUCUACUUUGUUGUCUUCCCUUUCUUCUUCGUCAAUAUCUUUGUGGCUCUCAUCAUCAUCACCUUCCAGGAACAGGGGGAUAAAAUGAUGGAGGAGUGCAGCCUUGAGAAGAAUGAGAGGGCGUGCAUAGACUUUGCAAUCAGCGCCAAGCCCCUGACCCGGUACAUGCCGCAGAACCGGCACACAUUCCAGUACCGACUGUGGCAUUUCGUGGUGUCACCCUCCUUUGAGUACACUGUCCUGACCAUGAUUGCUCUCAACACAAUCGUGCUGAUGAUGAAGUACUACUCUGCCCCACCAGCGUACGACGCCGUGCUGAAGCACCUGAACACAGCUUUCACCGUGCUCUUCUCCAUCGAGUGCGUCCUCAAGAUUCUGGCCUUCGGCUUUCUGAACUACUUUCGAGACACCUGGAACAUUUUUGACUUCAUCACCGUCUUGGGCAGCAUCACUGAGAUUGUGGUCGACUUGCAGCGCAUCGAUACGUUCAACAUGAGUUUCUUGAAGCUGUUCCGAGCUGCUCGUCUGAUCAAACUGCUGAGGCAGGGCUACACCAUCCGAAUCCUGCUGUGGACCUUCGUUCAGUCCUUCAAGGCCUUGCCAUACGUCUGUCUGCUCAUUGCCAUGCUCUUCUUCAUCUACGCCAUCAUUGGGAUGCAGGUGUUUGGAAACAUCAAACUGAAUGAAGAGACCCAGAUCAACCAACACAACAACUUCAAAACUUUCUCCGGUGCUCUGAUGCUGCUGUUCAGGAGUGCCACAGGGGAAUCCUGGCAGGAGAUCAUGUUGUCGUGUCUGGGGGGACAGCCGUGUGAAACCGACUCCUCUAUUCAGACGGCAGAAGGAACGAGCGACCACAGGGAGGGCUGUGGCUCCGACUUUGCCUAUUUCUACUUUGUGUCCUUCAUCUUUUUCAGUUCUUUCCUGAUGCUGAACUUGUUUGUGGCUGUGAUUAUGGAUAACUUUGAGUAUCUUACAAGAGACUCGUCCAUCCUUGGUCCACACCAUUUGGACGAGUUUGUCCGGAUCUGGGGGGAGUAUGAUCGAGCUGCCAGUUGCCGCAUCCAUUACACUGACAUGUAUGAGAUGUUGACCAACAUGUCGCCACCUCUAGGCCUGGGCAAGAAAUGCCCCUCCAAGGUGGCAUAUAAGAGACUUGUUCUGAUGAACAUGCCUGUGGAUGACGACAUGAGCGUCCACUUCACAUCCACCCUCAUGGCGCUGAUCCGCACCGCCCUCGAGAUCAAGAUUGCCAGAGGAGGAGAAGAUAGAAACCAGAUGGAUCUGGAUCUGCAGAAGGAGAUCGGCGUUAUUUGGCCUCAUCUGUCCCAGAAGGCGUUGGACCUGCUGGUCCCGAUUCACAAAGCAAGUGACAUGACCAUAGGGAAGAUCUAUGCUGCCAUGAUGAUCAUGGAUUACUACAAACAAAACAAAGCCAAGAAGUUGCGACAGCAACUAGAGGAACAGAAACACGCUCCCAUGUUCCAGCGAAUGGAUGCAUCUUCUCUUCCUCAAGAAAUCCUAUGCAAUGUGAAGUCUCUGUCGUUCCUCGGGCACAGCGCUGGAUCUGCUCUCACCAGAGGAGGGUUUGUGGCGCUCAGCCCAGUUUCCCCCCAGGAAAUGUUUGUGCAGCAGUUGCCCUGCUCCCGGCAGGAGAAGGAGGAAGAAGAGGAUGCGGACUACCGUUCCCCCUACCACCCCUACCGCCACCGUCUUCACUACCAUCAACAUUUGCACACGCUGGUGCCAGAGGUAGUGCAGUACAACCAACUGAUGCAGCAGACACUCAGUAAAUCACCUCAGCGCACUGCAUCAGUUAGAGCAUCUUCCAUGCCGAGACUGGCUAUUGACCCGCAGCCCGGAUUGUCAGCAGACACCAAGUCCAUGAAACGUUCCUUCUCCACCAUCGGAGACCAGUGUGUGAACGGCCUCUGGCAGGAGCAGCACUCUCUGGAAAGAAUAAGUCCAGACGCCGCCUACAGACCCCGGCAGAGGAGCUUUAGAGGUCAAAGAGUCAGUCCCAAGGAAGCCAGCAGUCAUGAGAGGGGGAGAUCGAAGGAACGGCGCCACCUGCUUUCUCCUGACGUGUCCCGGGAGCCUUCACACGAGAGAAGCCGCUCGCCAAGCGAAGGACGGACGAACAACGCCAAGAAACCGGCAAGGGUGAUCGCGUCGGUCAGUCCUGUCAACUCGGCCUCAGAAACUGGUACUCCACGUAACCGCCGCCAGCUUCCUCAGACACCUUCCCGCCCGCGGCCUCACAUCUCCUACUCCCCUCUUGUCUGCCGAGCCUCCACCUCCCCCACCGCUCCAGCCCCCACAGAGGAACAAAGCCUCCCUCCCGAUGGGCCCAGCGACUCCACAGAGACCCCCUGGAGGACUGACAAGGACAGCAGACCCCUGUCGGCGGGUCAGAGCUCCCCUGAAGGCGGCGGCUCAGCACCCAGCCACUCCUCUCCACACCGCUACACCUCAGAGCCCCACCUCCCGUUUCACAAGGAGUCCAGCCCAGCUGAAAGACAGGAGACCCUCACCUUUGAGACCGCCAUCGCCACCACCCUGGGUCGGACACACGCCAUAAGCUCCGCCCCUCAGCUCAGACACUCAUGGCAGGUUCCGAACGGGCAUUUCCGUAAGCCCUUGGCUCAGGCCAACCCGGCUGACGGCAGUGAGUUGCUCAGUGACACAGAUGAAGACGACCUCUGCUAAAACUCUGAGGACCUCAGAGAAGCUGGAGCUCUCAGCAACAGUAGCACCAACCUGAGGGCUGAGCAACGCCGCACUUCAUCUGGACAAGUGACCCCGACGGACGGCGUCCGUGUGUCUGCAUUGCAGUUGAAGGACGGCCGUAUGUGGCAAUGAAACCUGUUUACAUAGGUGUGCUGUUAACAGAACAUGUGCCAAAUAAAGAGGCGGAUCGUCCCAUAACCCCCCCCAGCAACCCACAGUGUGACUGUUAUUGAUGGUGACAAAGUCCAGGAUGUUCAGAUCAUUGAAAGUAGAGCAUCUAAGUGAUCAUAGACUAAUGAGAUGAAUGUAUUCUGUUCCCAUGAGGAAGCUGUUGUUGCUGUGCAGUUGUGUAAAAGCAGACAUUUAACCCGAUUGUGCCGACUCACACGUGUGGCAGACCGCCAAUCCCUACAGGUUCUGUUUCCAACAAGAAUAUCCACGCGAUACCUGGGCAUUAAAGCGGCCGUCAUCCAGAAAUAGCCAGUACCGAAUGUGAAUUUGUAGAUCUAGAUUGAGCUGGAGUUGAUGCUGUGCAUUUGUGGAAGACAGAGGAGGGGUGUCACUGACAUCGUGAAUAUUAGUGUGUGUGUGUGUGUGUGUAUAUAGUGACUUUAAAGGUUUCUUAUAAAUGUUUACGUUGGACACACGUGUCCCAUCCUCACAGGCCAGACGGCUCGAUGCGACGUCAGACUGGUUCCUCGGACUGAUCUGCUCUCUCUGAGCUGAAGAACAGUCGUUUCCUUAGAAUGUGAAAGGAUUGACCCCGUGUGUCGUCACGUUUGUGUUGGAUAAUCAUUUUACACGUGAUGUCAAAGUCGACAAAAGCCAUGUUCUUCCUGUGCAUAGAGCCAGACAUGGGAGCUCUUCAGGAUGUGUUGCCUUCUUUCAUGUGACGAUUGAUGAGAUGUUGUUUGUAAAACUAUAUGUACCUGAUGCACCUGAAGCUUCAUCAAAAAUCACCGUGAAGCCAUCGUCUGCUUUGUAGCUGCUCCUCAGCUGGCAUUACUGUAACGUCUGCAGUGUCCCUGUCUGUGCAUGGUCAUGACGGCAAAGGAUGUAGAGGAUGCGUUUAGUGUCUCCAUGAUGUUCCUCCCAACAAAAACCCACAAGCAAGAGGAACAUUUUUAAUUUCCAGCUCUUCUGUGAGACAAAUUGGACAAAAUGUAUAUUUGUAUGACACGCUAAUGAAAUGCCAACACGGGUCUCUGAAAUGUGCUGGGCACCAUUUUUAUCCAGCUAGCGGCUGUCGUCUGUAAAGAAGGUGGGACUAUUUUCAGUGUUUAGGACUCAAACGGACGUCCGUCUGUGCCUGGGGAAGCUCAACCAAAGAUUUCCCUUCCAGCUUGGAUUUCAUAGAUAGAGGAGCUUCCUGGCAAAUAUGUAGUAUAGACUGUGCCAAAUAAAUUCAUGUUUCACCUAUUGAG